AAAAAAAAAAUCAAACCUCCCUCUUUCUCCGACGAUUUUCUCUCUCUCUCUCUCUCUCUCUCUCUCUGCAUCGCCUCGAUUCUUCGGAGUUGGAGACGCCGCGAUGAUUCUGCUUCAGUCGCCAUCGAGGUUUUUGCUUCAGAUCUUACAAGAUCGCGUGCUUAGUCCUGACAAGGGAGUGGACAUCGAUUGCCAAACGGUGGAAUUUGAUGAUGUUCGCUAUCACAUUCAGUUCUCUACGAGGAAUCCAAAGGUGAUGGUGUUGUCGGUUGCAUUGCCGGUCCCACCUCCAGAGGCUGUACUCUAUGACGGGCUUCCUUUCGGUGCAAUAGAGGCCAUUAAGAUGGCAUAUGGGCAGGCCGUGCAAAUUCUCGACCCUCCCAAGGAUGGAUUUGAUCUCACUAUGAAGAUCAAUCUAAAGAAGCUUCCGUCAGAUGAAGAACAAAGAAAUGCUCUUCUGGUGAAAAUUGCGUCAGUCAGAGAAGUUGUGCUAGGUGCCCCCUUAAAAGUGCUCCUGAAAUAUCUCGCAACGAAAACAGUGGCUCCUGAUGUGGAUCAGCUUGUUGCUCUUGUUCAUCGGCCUAAUGAAUCCUUUUUUCUUGUUCCUCAGGCAGAUAAAGUCACUGUUGUUUACCCAAUGAGAUUCCAGGAUUCAACUGAUAUUGUUUUAGCUACUUCCUUUUUACAGGAAUUUGUGGAGGCAAGGCGAACAGCUGCACUAAAUAACGCCCCUUCUUGUAUGUGGUCAGCGGCCCCUCCUCUUGAGUUAACGGGAGCUCCUCCUGAAACACUAACUGCAAAUGCUGGAUUUGUUACUUUUGUGGUUUUCCCCCGCCAUGUUGAAGGCAAAAAACUGGACAAAACUGUUUGGAGUUUAUUGACCUUUCAUGCCUAUGUCAGUUAUCAUGUAAAGUGCUCCGAAGGAUUCAUGCAUACCAGAAUGAGGCGCCGUGUGGAGUCAUUGAUUCAGGCUUUGGAUCGGGCAAAACCAGAUGCGGAGAAGAAGAAGUUCGUGCAAGGGAAGUCUUUUAAGAAACUGAGUUUGAAAGAAACAAGCUACACUUGAAAUUACUGGAAUCUGAAUCCCAGAAUUCUGUUCCAAAUGACCACGGCAGGACAUGAGGCCGAACUUGCAUCGGCAUUGGACUGCAAUCUUCAGUAUGUUCUUCCGGAUUAUGUUUAAGAAUGACUCAACUGGUCUAGUCUUUCAAACGAUAUAGCAAAACGGUACUCGAAUAUCACCAGGCCUCUCUCCAGCGGGGGGGCAUAUUUUUUCUGCAAAUUAGUGGGCUAGUUGAAUCAUUACAUUUGAGCACUGUCAACUCGUUCUGACAUACCGCCUGUACAAAUCGGUCUUUGGCUUGUGAUCAGGGCUUGCGAGUUUAUCUUUCUCGCUGGAGUGUUGUUAGUUAAACUAUUUUCACUCUGUUAAUUGAUGCACACUUUCAUUAACUCGCCUUAUGUGGAAUUAAGUGAACCUUUUCUCA